CGGAGGCACAAAGCGGCUGCGUUAUCACAUGUCUAUAUAACCACAGCCGAGCUGCGCGCGCGCACACUCGCUGUGUUCUUUCUCACGCAGCACGAUCGUUUUCCCGCCUCUUUGUUAUUAUCAUCGGCGCGCGAGUUUCCACUGCGCGAGUGAGGUACAGCAAGAUGAAUUCCAAUGAAUUUAGAAUUGAAAGAAAUGUGGAGUUAUCAGAGGAGACUAAGGCGAUUGCUGAGAAAGAGUUGAGGGAAACGCCGGAGAGGGUUCGGGAAGCCAUGGAAAGGUUGAAAGAGCUUCUCAAGGAAAAUAAAGACUUAUAUUUUGGAGAGGACGAUGAGUUACUCACAAUUUUUUUGCGCCCUUGCAAGUGGUAUCCAGAAAGCGCUAUGGCACUGAUGAGACGAGUGGCUGAGUUCAAACGUGAAAAUGCAUGUCUUUUGGAUGGCCUGUUACCUGAACACGUAAAGGAAUCUUUUCUUGAGCACAAAGUCGUGAAUGUCAUGAAGGGCCGCGACGAUAAGGGGAGGAGAGUUCUAAUUGUCAGCGUUGGAGGUACAUGGGACCCAAAGAAAGUGUCCGCAGACCAGUUGUUUAAGCUGUUCUACUUGAUCCACGAGGCGGCCAUGCUAGAGCCAGAAUCCCAAGUUCGAGGAACUGUCGUUAUCAUGGAUUUCCAUAACAUGGGCUGGAGUCAGACAAUGGGGCUUACACCGGCGUUCUCCAAACGUCUGCUGACUUUUAUUCAAGAUGCUAUGCCUCUUAGAUUAAAAGAGGUGCAUUUUGUAAAGGAGCCUAUGAUUUUCAAUGUCGUAUGGAAAAUGUUUAAGCCUUUGAUUCGUGAAAAACUAAAGACCAGAAUCUUCUUCCACGGCUCGAAGAUGGCGUCUUUACACAAACACAUCGCACCAACGCAUCUGCCAGGCGACUAUGGCGGCGAGCUGGACGCUAUCGACUACGGCGCUGCCGACUGGUACCCCGUCAUCAAUGAUGUCCUUCCCCACAUUAACAACUGGAAUUCAUAUGGGUUCGUCAAAAAGGCGUAAUACAUAUUUAAUUUAACAAAAACCAAACUAAGUAGACUGUUAUGUAUGGUUAUAGUAUGGUUUGGUUUUUUAGUCUUAGUUAACUAUUUGCCAUAAUAAGAAUCAUGUAAUCAGAGUAACUGUGGUAUUGCACACGAAAUUUCUUUUGGUUGGUUUCAAAGUUUUAUAUACAUCGUAAAUUAUAAAAUAUAAAUGACUUUUUCAUUCAAUAUAUCAGUUUUGUUUUCGUUUAAGUACUUAUUCGUACAUAAAUUGUGCCUUAUUAUAUUUAACAAUUAUAAUUUUAAAUGAAUUUUCAUAUACAUAUUUAUAAGUAGAUGUUUUUAAUAUAAAUUAGUUUAGAAUUAAUGUAAGAAAAACUAUGAAUAUAGUAAACAGUAUGAAUUUAAUGAUAAACUUUCAUGUACAAAUUAUGAUCAUUUAAUUUUUAUUUAUAAAAGAUUAUUGAUGUAUGUUAUUCUAUUGUCCUGAGGAAGGAACACAUAGGCAAUCAUUUUCAUAUCAUAUCAUAAACAAGGAUCAAACGUGUAAAUGCUUUUUCAUUGUUACAUUUACACUUUCCUGACUUAUAUAUUAUGUAUACUUAUAUGAAAUAUUUUGCUCAAAUCGUUUGUAAUAAUCAUGUGGGGUUGACGUGUAUGAUAUUUAAAAUUAAUCAAAUUACGUCAAUAUUUUUACAUUGUUAUAUUAAUGAAAUAUAUUAUAAUUUAGCAGACAAGAUUAUAGUUUCUAAGCGUUCGUCUGUUGUUGUUUGAAAUACUUACAUUAAAUGAGGUUUGAGCGGAUUUCAUGACAUUCUAUAAAAAAAUUAUUUUUUAUAUUUUUUUAUACUUUGAGAAAUGAAUAAAUAAAGGCUGUGAGUGAAAAAAAUACUGGUUAAGAACACCAGUUUGUUUCGUACAAUAUAUAUCAAAAUACUUUCUACAGCUUGCUGUAAAAAAAAUGAAUAUAUAUUUAUAGAAAUAAUAUAAUAGUUCACAUGAUAUAAUUAAUUCAGAUGUAAACAAAUACGAUCCACGAGGCUAAAGCAAAUAAAUCAUUUGAAAUGGUUUCUUGUAAGUGACUUGUUGACAAAGGUUAAAUUAGCCUUAAUAGACAUUGAUAAAAAUUCUUAAAACUUAAAUUCGAUAUGUGUAUGUUUUGUAUGCGUGUGUAAAAAAUAUAAGAGACUGUAUA